GCGAUUGGAUGUAUUAAGACAAUGGUGAACAAAGCAUGUAGUUCUCCUAAGUAUUGUGCUGACCAAUUGCAAAAUUAUAACAGGCAUUCUGUGAAAGGAACAGCGUGUACAUAUUCAGCUAAGGACUGUGAUCUCUUAAACAGCAUUAAAAGUUCAAAUAGAUCUCGCAGCCCAUCACCACCUCCACUGUCACCUGUGCAAAGUAAAGAAUUUGAUUCCUCAGAAGGAUCAGUUAUGGAUUUUCCAUAUUUAGACAACAAUAAGCUUGAAAUAUCCAUCAACCAGCCUCCAUCCCUCUUGCCAGCUGAAGGAAGCAAAGGAGAAUUCGAAGGUACAACAUGCAAAGGAAAAGAGACCACCGAAAGUGCAGAUGGAACAUUGAGAUCAACAGAUCAAGAGAGCAGUGAUGGUUAUAUGAAUUCUGAGAUGUCUGAGAAAGGUGAACAUUCUGCCAUUUUUCAAGACUUAAUGGACCGCAUUAAUGAAAAGCUGAAAUUGAUAGACACUACAGAUAUAGCCACAAACCUUGUAAAACUUUCCAGCAGUGACAGGGCACCAGAAAACGAUGUCAAAUUAGGAGACUUCAUAACAUCUCUUUUGCAUAAUGCUAAGGCAAGUGAUUACAGCUUUAUGGAAUUACUUCGCCAACAUGAUAAACAAAUGGAAAAUAAAAUUAUCCAGACUAGAUUUCGCAAGCGUCAGGAAACUUUAUUUGCAACGUAUAAUUCUCCUGAUUCACCGGUCAUUCGACGACAGUCUUUGCAAAUCAAGAGGGAGCUUGCAAGCCUUGAUGAUACUCUUGUAAGAAAAAAGUCGGUUUCUGAGAGAAAUGCAAAAAAAUCUGCAAAAAAAAUUGAUAAAAUACAUCCAAAUAAAAGACAUAGUUUUACUGUAAUAGAAGAUGAGGCUUUGCAACAUCUUGAAAGUAAUCCUUGUGUCAAUUGCCAAACCAAACCAAUGUGCUUUCCAGUACACCAAACAGAGUCUUUCAAACUACCUCUUACUAAUUUUCAAACCAGCUCUGGCUUCCUGGUGCUUUCAGAAAACAGUGCUAUUGCAGCCAGCCAGGCAAACCUCCCAAAUACACACGGAGAUUGUGCAACCUUGAAAGAGACUGGUCAGAUUCCUCUAAAGGAUGAGAGCAAUGAAAUCUUGGGCAGAACUAAACGUAACAUUGUGCCUCCUGGAUGGUACUCUGUGUAUGUAACGAACAAUAUCAUGUUUAGAAAGUCGUCUGAUGCAAAAAAGUCUUUACAAAGUUUAGAAAAAAUGAAAAUAAAUAAAAAUGUUCAUGCUGAAAGGUGCGGUGACAUAAAUAUAAGGAAAAUUGUGAGAGACACAAAUCUACAGGUUGUUGUAGAGCGUUUAGAAGACACGAUAAAUUUAGCUAGAAAGACUAACAACUCAUUUUUGGAUAGUUACAAAAUAAGCCAAAAAUUAAAAGAUAAUACCUAUGAACAGGUUGUGAACUCAGCUGCUAGAAGAGGCUUACCUUUCACUCUGAGUGAAAUGGGAUGCACAGGACAGAGCUUCCUUCCACACUCACACGUGCCAAGCAGCAGUAAAAUCAAAGCAAUUUGUGUGGCGACAAACAAGCAAGAAAUGGUUAUAGAUCAAGGAAUUAACAACAGCCUUUUGAAAUCUCUGACCUUUAAUUCAUCCAGUUUAACGUCCAGUAAUGGGGACUUGCAUGCAACAUCUGAAGCUGGGGAAAUCUCAUCUCCCUUAAACUACUCUAGUCCUAUUAAGCUUAUGUUUGUCUCAGAGGUUAAUAGUGGUGAAGGAGUCAAAUACACUUUGACAUCUGCAGCUGCAUCUUCUAAAGGAAGCACAGAUCUUUGUUUGUUUCAGGGGCACACAAACACUUUGUUAGACAAAGAGGCCACGGGAGAUCUUUAUCAUGCAGUCUGUGUCAAGGAUUGUGAUUGCAGUGAAAAUAAUACCAAGGAGGGCUCAAGUUGUGUUUAUACAGAAGCAAUUACAAGCUCUUGUCCAGUUGGUCAAACUAACUUAAGUGACUCGAAAAAAAAUGACGAAGUUCUGGAGAAAUCAAGCAGUAGCAGUGAAUCGGUUUUAAAAAGAAAACCUGGUAGACCAAAGAAAAUAGGUCCUCAAGUGGUUAAGCAGGUUAAGAGACCUAUUGGACGGCCUCCAAAACCAAAAAUAGACAUGAGUGAAAGCACAAAGCCUAGACCUGAACUUAGCAACGGUGGUAAAAGCCUCAAGUCUGACGCAGCAGUAACGGAAGAAGUCAACAGCAACAAAAAUAUCACCGUGACAGUUGUUUUUGGAAGGUCAAGAAGAACUAAGAGACAUGUUUCUGAAGGUAAUCUAAACGUAAUCAGCAUUCUGCCCACGCAACACAUUGAUUCUAAUUUUGCCAACGACCCCAGCAGAGCAAGGCACAGUGCAGAAACUGGAAAUGCUUUGACUGAAAUAGUAAAAGCCUUACAGAAACCUUCUGCUGAAAAGGAGGUCUCUGGGUAUGACUAUGUCAGACCUAUCAAGAGUAAUCUAGCAUCACCACAUCCUUGCAGCAAUAUUAUACGGCAGAUGAAGAAGCCUUUAACCCCCAUCCGAAAGCCUGGUAGGCCAGCAAAAGUGAGAAUUUCCGGCAUAUCGGUGACUGUCAGUAGACUUUCACCUCAGGAAAGAAAAGUGAGCAUUAGCAACAGUUUGCCUCCUUUGCAACAGCAGAAUGUGUUAGAAAAAAACAUACCACAGGAGAGAAAAACUCAACUGUGCAAUAAUAUGGGUCAAGGAAAGAACAUGCAGAAAGAUUCUAGAGAGGAUGGAUCGAACAAUGUUACUCCAACAGUGUCAAGAAAACGUGAAAUUCCAUUGAGACAUUCUGCUAGAGACAGAAAGCCCUCACUGCAUUUUUUGCAUUCAUUAGCAUCUUCUAGUGCAUUUACUUGUAGAAGUGCCUUACUGCAUAAAUCUUACAAACUCCAUUUGAAAAAAGCUAAAGAGCGAAAGGAAAAACAUACACAGUCAAAUCAGAGCACAGCAUCCAAAGAUACCUUGGAACUGAGACAUUCAGGAAAUGCUAAAAAGGACCUUAAGGAUGGUGAAUUGGGGCCCAUUAAUGAAGUAUCAUCAGAUCCCAUUUUUUCAUCAAAUCCCUCUCUCAGGUGGUGGCCUACUUCCACUUCAAGUGACACUUUGUUGGAAGAACUAAAUAAUAGAUUUGAACAGAUAACUAAUACCUGGUUGCGAGUGGGGGGAAGUGAGUUUGAUAAAUGUGUAUGUGAUAAAAGGGAUGCCAUUGAACAAGACUGUAAUGCUGAAAUGUCAAACCCUUUAGACUCCUGCCUUGUAGAACUUGAAACGUCGCCUAUAAAAAUGCUGUUCCAGAAAAAGUGUAAUAUGAAUGAACUCUGCACCUGGUUUAUGCAAACUACAGAAACACAGUCUCUCUCUCUGGUGAGAAAGGCAAACGCUCGCAAUCCCUUAGAAGUAGUUAGUACUAGAGAGGUAAAGAUGGAAACUAAACAACCUGAACUUAGUACUUGCCCUUUCAGAAAGCACUUUAAAAAGUUUGCACUAUCGUCUCCUUCAAAACCAGCAGGGAAAUUGCAAAUCUUACAUAAUAUGGUGAGGUCUCCAGUCUUAAGCAUGAAGAGUAAUUUCACAUUAGCCAGAUUGAAAAGAAAUGAAUUUAAGAAGUUGCAGCGUGAUAGGUGGGGACAAACGAAAAGGCUCUAUAAUAAGGCUCCUGGAGGCUGGAAAUCCAAAAAGAAAAAUUUGCAGUUAUUUUGCCAAAGCCAGUUGUUUAAAAGUACAAGUGAGGAAACCGAUGAUGAAACACCCAAGCUCCAGGAAAAAAGUACAGUAGAAAUCCAGUCCAGUCAGACUUUGGUAGAGUCUCAGAAGAGCCUCUUGCCAACUGAAAAUGAAGCCAGAGAUGCAUUUGUUCAACAUAUGAUGGGAUCUUCUGACUUUAACCCACAUCCUGGUUUAGCCAAUAUACUUAAGUCACAUUCAGAGACAAAUGGAACAAUUCAUUGCCAGCAAAACGUUAGAAAAGAACAAAGCCAAGAUAAACUGUUUCAGAAUGCUUGGAAAACCAAAACCUUUAAAGACUGUAGGAUAUUUCUGAGGAAAAUCAACCAUAUUGAGCAGCACAAUUCAUUUAAGUUAAAUAAUGUCAUUUAUUCUCCUGAAGCUGUUGACAGUAAAAGCACUCAGGCCUAUAUGGAAGAAAAAAGACAUCCUCUUUUAAGGUCCCAUUCUACUAAGCAAAAUGCAUUAAAGAAACAAGAAAAUGAAAUGGAAACAUCUAAAGGAUCUAAUUCUUCUAAAGUGACAGAAAGGCUGGAUGACCAGUUUCACAGGAGAAAAUUAAGUAGUGGUGUAAACCAGGAGCAUAAUCCUGCUGGUAAUUCUGAAGUUCUUAUCAGAAUAAACAAAAGAAAAAGUCCACCAUGGGAGACCACUGAUACAAAUUUAAGAAAAAGGCAUAAGAGACAAUCUUGCAGUAGUGGACAAAUGGCACCUUAUUACCCAAAGUACCAAGUAGUGGUGCGAUCCAGUAGCAAUAAGGCUACAAAUGGGGAAUCAUUUCCCUGCUACUAUGGAAGAGAGUCUGACACCAAUGAUCUAGUGACAGAAAUUAGUGUUUUUAGCAGGGUUGUUCAGCUUUCCCUUUCAUGA